CUCUGUAUCUAUCUUUUGUUCUUUUUAUAUUAUGCAGGUAAUCUUGGUGGGUCAUGAUUUUGGUGGUGCAUGUAUAUCAUACGCAAUGGAGUUGUUUCCACAUAAAGUUGCAAAGGCCAUUUUUAUUGCUGCAGCAAUGUUGAAAAAUGGACAAAGUACUCUUGAAAUGUUCUCCCAACAGGCCACUUCAGAUGAUCUUAUGAGACAGGCUCAGAUAUUUUUGUAUGCAAAUGGGAAUAAUCAGCCUCCAACUGCUAUUGAUUUAGAUAAAUCAAUGUUAAAGGAUUUGUUAUUCAACCAAAGUCCUGCAAAGGAUGUCGCAUUGGCAUCUGUUUCGAUGAGGCCAAUUCCCUUUGCCCCAGUUCUGGAGAAGCUUUCACUUUCGGAUUUGAAAUAUGGAUCAGUGAGGCGGUUUUAUAUAGAAACAUCAGAAGACAAUGCCAUACCCAUCACAGUCCAGGAGAGCAUGACAAAAGAAAUCCCUCCUGAACAGGUCCUUCGCUUGAAAGGCGCCGAUCACUCACCUUUUUUCUCAAAGCCCCAAGCCCUGCACAAGUUAUUGGUGGAGAUCUCGAAGAUUUCUUCUACUUAGAAACACCCUUUCUUUUCUGGCUAGAUGGAUUCUAGAGAACGCUUCGUUCUGAUUAUCUGGCGACACGAUAGAAAUGCCACCGGAAUCAUCAGUAAUUUAUGCAGUUGCAUUAGAUAGGAUGGCCAGUAAGCAUGUAAAUGCAGAUAGGAUUAAAGUUAUGUGUUAUCGGUGCUCGUUUUAUUGCACAUGAGAGUUAUGUUCGCAUAAAGAUGUAUUUUUGAGGUAAUUUUCAAGGUUUGAUGCACUUUUAUCGCAUGAGAGAAUCGUUGUUAGAUGUUUUCUUU